CAUUUUGAGGAGGAACACAGAGCCCUGCCCGCCGCAGAGCAGGGCGGAGCGGCUGGGCCCGGAGCGCCGCCCCCGCCCGCCAUGGCCGCGCUCAGAGUUUGGACUAUGUGAGAAGCUGCCAAAGGAAUCACUCAUAUUUUAAUUUCUGCUUCGUCAGAUGUUCCUGCCCUGCCCUGUGCCUCCAGGAGUGUGACCCCCCCAGUCCUGGGGCACCCACAGCUGAAGAUGGUGGCCUUUAACUGGAAGGCUCUGGAAAACUUCCCACUGCUGAUGUACAUUUUGGCAGCUAAAACAUUGAUCCUUUGCUUGGCCUUUGCUGGAGUCAAAAUGUACCAGAGCAAGAAAAUUGAGGAGAAACUGAAGAGGGAACGUGAGGAGAAGCUGAAAGCAGAAGCAGAGAAGAAGGAUGAGUGAAGAAUCCCUCAGGUUCCUCAGCUUGCCCAGGAGAUGAAGCUUUCCUGGAACAGAAGGAUGUGUAACCUCAGAGUGACACUUCAGUUAUCUCUGAUUUUCUAUGUACAGCACAGCACCUGAGCCCCUCUAUUUAUGCAAUAAAAAAACUUUGUUUAAAAAAUAAA